CUGGAGAGUAAUGUUACAGAGCGGAGAGAGUGAGGAGGCUGCGUCUGGCUCCCGCUCUCACAGCCAUUGCAGUACAUUGAGCUCCAUAGAGACAGCGCCGGGGCAAGUGCGAGCCGGCCGGGCACUGGGUGACUGUGUGCUCGCUGAGGGAAAGUAAUUAAACAUGGGCAAAGGCGAUCCUAAGAAGCCGAGAGGCAAAAUGUCAUCGUAUGCUUUCUUUGUGCAAACCUGCCGGGAGGAACACAAGAAGAAGCACCCAGAUGCUUCAGUCAACUUCUCAGAGUUUUCUAAGAAGUGCUCAGAGAGGUGGAAGACCAUGUCUGCUAAGGAGAAAGGGAAAUUUGAAGACAUGGCAAAGGCGGACAAGGCUCGUUAUGAGAGAGAAAUGAAAACUUAUAUUCCUCCUAAAGGGGAAACAAAAAAGAAAUUCAAGGAUCCCAAUGCACCCAAGAGGCCUCCUUCGGCCUUUUUCUUGUUUUGUUCUGAGUAUCGCCCAAAAAUCAAAGGAGAGCAUCCUGGCCUAUCCAUUGGUGACGUUGCAAAGAAGCUGGGAGAGAUGUGGAAUAACACUGCUGCGGAUGACAAGCAGCCUUAUGAAAAGAAGGCUGCUAAGCUGAAGGAGAAAUAUGAAAAGGAUAUUGCUGCCUACCGAGCUAAAGGAAAGCCUGAUGCUGCCAAAAAGGGAGUUGUCAAGGCUGAAAAAAGCAAGAAAAAGAAGGAAGAGGAAGAAGACGAGGAGGAUGAUGAGGAGGAAGAGGAGGAGGAAGAUGAAGAAGAAGAUGAUGAAGAAGAAGAUGAUGAUGAUGAAUAAGUUGAUUCUAGCGCAGUUUUUUUUCUUGUCUAUAAAGCAUUUAACCCCCCUGUACACAACUCACUCCUUUUAAAGAAAAAAAUUGAAAUGUAAGGCUGUGUAAGAUUUGUUUUUAAACUGUACAGUGUCUUUUUUUGUAUAGUUAACACACUACCGAAUGUGUCUUUAGAUAGCCCUGUCCUGGUGGUAUUUUCAAUAGCCACUAACCUUGCCUGGUACAGUAUGGGGGUUGUAAAUUGGCAUGGAAAUUUAAAGCAGGUUCUUGUUGGUGCACAGCACAAAUUAGUUAUAUAUGGGGAUGGUAGUUUUUUCAUCUUCAGUUGUCUCUGAUGCAGCUUAUACAAAAUAAUUGUUGUUCUGUUAACUGAAUACCACUCUGUAAUUGCAAAAAAAAGUUGCAGCUGUUUUGUUGACAUUCUGAAUGCUUCUAAGUAAAUACAAUUUUUUUUAUUAGUA